GAAAGAAAGAAAGAAAGAAAGAAAGAAAGAAAGAAAGAAAGAAAGAAAGAAAGAAAGAAAGAAAAAGAAAGGAGCACAUUAGCAACUCUUAGGGAAGAAAAAAAAUCUACAUAAUCAAACAUUCAGUCCUACAAAGCCUGUGCAUUGCUUUGACAGAAGUCUAUACAUUAUGGUGGCAUGUGAGUAAAUCACCAUCCACACUGACUGGGACCUGUUUUGACAUCAGUUUCAACCUCAGCCUUCUGCUGACAUUCAGGACGGAUGGUCUGACCUUCACCAAAAUCACAAAUCUGAGACAAACAGCAAUUCAGCUUCACUUAUGGCAUCUUUGAAAGGUGUGUGUGUCUGAACUUGGCAGAAAGCACACCUACCUGAGGAAGAAAAGCCUGCCCCAAAGAUCAUGGACUCACCCUUACCCUGGAUUUCAUUCAGCUUUGGAUCGGAGCCACUGUGGAUAGACAAGAGCAGACUUCUCAACCCUAAGGAAUGCCAGUGUUCAGAGCUGUAUAAAUUUUCAUUCAUCUUUCAUCACUGAACACCACCUCUUACUAAGCUAUUAAAGCCAUAUUCACAAGCCCCAGAGAUUUUGUGAUUAAUAACAGUGAAAUGAUUGUUAUUUAAUUACAGCCACAGAGUAUCAGGGCAAGUUACUAUACGGCACACCAGUCUGCUGAUUUUUUCUUGUAUUUGGAUCAAAUAAAAAAAAUGAUUGGAAUUCUUUUGAUGUCUAUGUUCAUGGUGCUGCACAGUGUAGGUGGCCAAGAAUUGGAGCCACCAGCAUUUCUGCCAGAGCUUCUUAACACACCUGAAAGAAUCUUGAACAAUGCCACAUUCUUCAACGGAGUCUUUCAGAAUGUGGAAAGUGUUGCAUUAUUUUUUGACUGUCUGGGUUCUCACUUCACCUGGCUACAGUCCAUCUUCACAAACUUCCCUGCCUUGCUCAACUUUGUGAACAAAAUGAAGUGUGUCAGUGGCUUUUGUCCCAGAGAUUUUGAAGACUAUGGCUGCUCUUGUCGGUUUGAAAUGGAAGGGCUCCCUGUGGAUGAAGCCGAUGAAUGCUGUUUUCAGCACCGCAAAUGCUAUGAGGAAGCGAUGGAGAUGGAGUGCACGUGGGACCCAUCAAAAAUUUCCACAGAUGUCACCUGCUCUGCAGAAAACCUGAGCUGUGAAAAUGGGGAUCCCUGUGAACAGUUCCUCUGCACCUGUGACAAAGAUGCCAUUGAGUGUUUUGGGAACGCUCAUAUUAACUCUUCCCUGAAUGGCCUGGAUGUCUCCUCCUGUCCAUCUCUGGUUACAGAAACAACCAGCAAGAGAGAGCUGACAACACGCCACACAGGGGAGUUCUUUCAUCGUGAGACCGAGAAAGCAGAGGCUGUGACAGCAUCUGUGGAAGAAGCAGUGAUUUCCUCUGAGCCCAGUGAGAUGGCCCUGGGGACUUCCAGUGCUGGAGGUAAGAACCCGGAUAUACUUUUGCUGGUGAAUCAGGCCCUCCUGACUCCAGAGGACAGAUUUACAGGAGCUGAGGUCCCAGCAGGAGAGAUAACCACCUCUCCAGGCUCCUUCCAGGCAGAUAUUAACUCGGCGGAAGUCAGAAUUAUCCCCACUGAGUUUAUUCCUGUGGGCACAUCUGCAAGGACAAAAGAGAAAGAGGCAAUUCCUACAAGAGGUGGCCUGGGCACACCUUCCCCCAGAGCAGCUCUGGAAGAACUGUCACUGUCUGUUAGGGGACCCAAUGGACCUGCAGGAAAAGUAUGUGAACGAUUAACCUUUCUGCAAGAGAGAGGAAAUGGAAGAGAGAAGAGAGAGCUGCCCCAGCUGGGAGAAAUGUUGUUCUGUUUAACUGAGAGAUGUCCAGAGGAGUUUGAGUCUUAUGGUUGCUACUGUGGCCAGGAAGGAAGAGGGCAUCCUACUGAUGCUCUGGACAGGUGCUGCUUCUCUCAUCACUGCUGUGUGGAACAAGUUAAGACACUUGGAUGUCCAGCAGAAAGGAGUUCACGAUCUGAAGUUGUAUGCUUUGAUCAUAUGCCAAAAUGUAUUGGUUGGAGCCUGUGUGAGAAACUCCUAUGUGCUUGUGACCAGACAGCAGCCCAGUGCAUGGCUUCUGCUCUCUUCAAUGAAAGCCUUAAGUUUCCACAUGGUCAAGUGUGCCAAGAGGAGAAAGCCUCGUGUCGAGGUGGCCCUUACGAAAGGCCUUCAGUCGGCACAGAACCAGGGGCCCAAACCUCCAGCUCUGAGGAGAGCAGCGAGGAGGAAGGUUUCCUGAGGAGGAGAGCACGGAGAGAGACGCGCCGUCCUCCUGGAAAGCCCAGGAGUGGGCAGCACCGAGGCAGAUAGUCAGUCAUGGCCACUUGUGUGAGAAAUGGCACCGGGAAUUCCACUGCCAGCCUCGUGUACCUUACUCCUUUUUGUCACUGCAACUGCCUUCCCUUUCCCAGCAAUAGACUAGAUAUUGAAUGUUAAGAUGCAUAACUUCCUCCCGUAGAGAAGUUGUCACUGCAGACCACCUUAAUUAGGCCAGCUAUUAACUGAAAUAACUGACAGCAUUCUGCACAACUUCAUUUGAAUUCUGAUCAAAAUUCUGAUUUUUGUUCUGAUCAAAGAUUGAUUUUUGUUAGCCAUGUAGUUGGUUCAGACCAGAUCUUGCUGAUGGCGACUGCGUAUUUCAGCUUUUUCAAUUAAACCAAUCUGCAUACUCCAAA